UUCAGUUGUAAGGACAGCUUGUCAAGUGUAAACUGACCUGUGUGAGAGUUUAAUUUAAGUUUAAACAUGACCAUCAUCUCGGUCAUCAUCCUAACUGUCUUCACAUCUGCUGGAAUCAGUGCUGGAACUACUGUAACUGGAUACAGAGGACAGUCAGUUCAGAUUAGAUGCCCCUAUGAUUCUGGAUAUGAGACCUACAUAAAGUAUCUCUGCAGAGGAGAAUGUUCUGUAUGGGGAACUAAAGACAUCCCUGUUGAGUCUGGAUCUGCUGAAGAUCAGAGAUUCUCUCUGGAUGACGACACAGCAGCCAGAGUCUUCACCAUCACCAUCACUGACCUGAGACCAGAGGAUGGAGGAACUUACUGGUGUGGGAUACAGAGGUCUUAUCUAAUCCCUGAUAUUUACACAGAGAUUCUAUUACUUGUUGAAACUGGAGUGGAGACACAAACCACACAUCUGCCUCCGCUCUCAACUACAGAAACAUCUGAUGACAGUAACAUCUCCCAUUCUACUCCAACACUUUCUAUUAGUACCUCAGUGGAUUCGGAGACCACACAACUGCCUCCUCCUCCAGGUUUCAUCACUCUGUAUGUGUGUGUUUCACUGCUGGUCUCUGGAAGCGCUCUCAGUCUUCUAGUGCUGUUCUACACACAAUGGAAGACUUUCAAUACAUCACCAGAUGCUUCUAGCUCAAUAAUACCACAGAGGAAUUCCAGGAGACUAGAGGAUAGAGCCAACAAUGAAAACCAUCCAGCUGAAAAUGACUACUCCAUAAUAAUCAAUCCGGUCUACCAGAGUGGGAACCCCAACACCAGCCAGUCUGACUCAGUCUUUCAGAGUGUUAACACCAGUAUCCAACAAUCUGAUGCACUGUUUAAGAGUGUAACACCCAGCGCCAAUCAAUCAGAUCCAGUCUAUCAGAGUGUAAACCCAAGCGCAAAAAAGUCUAAAUUAGCCAAGCUGAGUGUACAUCCCAACACCAGCCAAUUAGACUUGGUCUAUCAGAAUCUCAAUCGAGAUACUGACCAGACAGAUUCAGUCUACCAGAUCAUGAACCCCAAAACCAACCAAUCAGAUUCAGUCCGGCAAAGACUAGAUCGCAAGACCAGUCAGUCUGAUUCAGUCUACCAGAGCAUGAAUCCCAACACCAGCCAAUCAGAUUCAGUCUACCAGUGCAAAAAUCCCAAAACUACUCAAUCAGAUUCCGUGUAUGAAAGUAUGAAUUCCAAAAUCAGCAAGUCAGAUUCUGUCUACCAAAGCAUGAAUCCCAACAGCAGUCAAUCAGACUCAGUCUACCAGAGCUUAAACCUCAACAUCAAACAAUCAGACUCAGUCUACCAGAGCUUUGCCCUAACACCAACCAAUCAGAUUCAGUCUACCAGCAUCUAAAUCCCAACACUAAACAAACAUAUUCAGUCUACCAGAGUCUGAACUCAAACAGCAAUCAAUCAGAUUCAGUCUACCAGAGCCUAAACCUCAAUAUCAAACAAUCAGAUUCAGUCUACCAGCAUCUAAAUCCCUACCACUAAUGAAUUUCUUACUACCAAAAUUCUCAGUUGUCACUUAUUCCACCUUGUUGCAUAAAUUGCUGAUUUUCUUUGAAAUGUACACACAGAACAUCAUUGUAAUGACUUGUUUAAGUUUUUCUAUGACUAUGAAUAAACAUCAUCACGCUCAUGCAA